ACGCGGAGCCAGAAUUGUCUGUCUUCUGCUCCGUUAGAAAUAGAGUGUCAGUUUCACUAUGGCGAGGAGGUAAACACAACCAGAGCAGUCGGAGCUGGAGAAGGUUCAUCAUAUGCCUUAUUCUGUGCUUCACAGCACAUUGCUUCGCGGCGUGUCGACGAGGGAUGGAGUAACCGUUGUUAUUCGACAAACUGCGGCUUUUUCCUUAUCUAAAAAUUCGCCAGCGGGAUAACGGGGAAACUGCGAAAUGGAUGCAGUCUUGCGUGAAAGAGAGAAGGCACGACCGAGGUGUUCAAGUGAUGUGUCCGCUCUUGACACGAAGUGACCAACUUGGACGUUCCCGGAUAGCAUGGAGCGGACUAAAAACACGUCCUGAAUUUCCCUUCCUUGAGUGCGAACGGCUGGCAAAGCAGACCGUCUUGAUUCCAGGUCUAAAAAGCGCUAGAGAGAAGAGGCAUUAUGCUAACGGCAUCCAAGACCUCAUUCAAAAUCAAGCAGAUCGUUCCGGAUUUCAAGGACAAAAUCUUGAGCUCCAGCAGCCUGAACAGUCGAAGCAGAGAUAUGUUUGGCCUGAGAUGUUUGCCUGGGGAGUGCGUGCUGCAGAGGGCAGUGCUGGUGAAGAAGAAGCUGUGGGAGGCAGGUGGGGACAGCAGUCUGGUGGGCACACUCUUCUGCACCCACUUCAGAGUGGCAUUCCUGCCCGAGGACAGCCGGGUGGCUGAGGACAGCUCCGAUCCUGUGCUCCUUGGAGAACAUGACAUAGCCCUGGCAUCCAUAGAGAAAGUAGUGGCUGUGGGGCCCUCCAGAACAAAGAUUGUGACUCCCAACUCCUCUCUCAAGUUCAUUCCCGAGGAGCUGAUCCUGUACUGCCGGGAUCUGCGAGUGAUCCGCUUCCAGUUCGACCGCCUGACGCCUGAAACCCAAGCAACAGAGAUAACGUGUGCCAUUGCAAAGACCUACCAGCCUCUGAAGCCUGGUGCCCUCUUCCUGUUCCAGACCGCAGCCCUGGGCAGUGUGGAGAUGAAGCAGUUCCUCAGUAACCGCCAGAGAGACCCCCAGAUGAACUGGUUCGAGGGAGCUCGGGACUGGGAGAGAGAGCUGGAGAGGACGGGUGCCACCAGCUGGAGGGUCACUGCCGUGAAUGACCGCUUCGAAAUGGCUACCAGUCUGCCAAGGUUUAAUGUUGUCCCGCAAAAGAUCCUGGACACAGAGCUCAAAAAAACAUUUGCUCACUUCAGUGAAGGCAGGAUUCCUCGCUGGUGUUGGCACCACCCUUUGGGCAGCGACCUGCUCCGGAUGGCCAGCUUCCAGAACAACAUCUACCACGAGAAGGAUGACAUCAGGAACCUGGAGGCCAUGCUGUUCGGCAGGCAGCAGCAGUGUGUGGUGGUGGACCUGGGCGAGGACAUGCCCGUGCCCCUGGACGUCCAGCUGGCACACACCCGGCUCCGAGCUCUCUGCCUUGGAGAUAUUUCCGCGUCCAUCACGGUGCCUGAUGAGAAAUGGCUGUCUGCGCUGGAGGGCACACACUGGCUGGAUCACAUCAAGGCCUGUCUGAGGAAAUCCACAGAGGUUGCCUGUCUUCUGAGAGACGGCCAUCUGACUGUUAUCCUCCAAGAGCCGGAUGACCGGGACCUGAACUGCGUAGUGUCCAGUCUUGUCCAGCUGAUGUGCGAUCCGCAUUCCCGGACCCUGCUGGGCUUCCAGAGUCUGGUCCAGAAGGAGUGGGUCGUGGCUGGCCACCGGUUUCUGAGUCGCUUCAACUACCAGAAAGACAGUGACAAAGAAGAGUCUCCGGUCUUCCUGCUGUUUCUGGACUGUGUGUGGCAGCUGUGGGCACAGUACUCGUCCCACUUCGAGUUCACAGGCGACUACCUGCUGGCUCUGCACGACAGCGCCCACCUGCCCCUGUUCACCACCUUCCUGUCCAACUGCCAGCGAGAGAGGAGCCGCCGCAGUCAGCAUCUCUCUCAGAGCUACACUCCAGUCAAGGGCUGGCGGGAGCCCUCUCCGGAGUCCGCCGACCCCCUGCUGCCCAGCGUGUGGGACUGGGAGCUCCAGUACGGCCCCCCCAGACUGGCGCGAUUCCGUCACCCCGUCGGCUCCCUGCCGCGCCCCGGGGCGGUCCCGAACGGCAGCCUCAGACACCCCUCGCCUCAGCGGCCCAGCGAGGGGGGCUGUGCGGGACAGGGCUCCGUCUUCCUGCUGUCCAGGGGCUCCCUCACCUCGCCUUCCCACCUCCUGCCCUGGCGCGGCGGCGGGGGGCCCGGGGCCUCCCGGAAGAGCCACCGCCGGGCCCCCUCCUCGGAGAGCCUGCUGAAGCCCUGGGCCAAGCCCGAGCCCGGGCCCGGCCAGGGGCCCCUGCUGCCCCUCCUGCUGGGGCCCUGCGUGCAGGUCUGGAGGGCUUGCUACCUCCGGGGGGCGCUGCAGGCACAGGCUCGCCAGCCCACUCCCUCCGGCCACCCGGUUGACCAGCUGGCUACCGAAGUCCAGCAGCUGCAAGAGCAGCUGAAUCGAGCGGCUGGCGUCCGCAGGCUGGACCGGCCGGGCAAGAGGGUGGACACCCGCAGACCGGACCCCAGCCCCGGUCUUCAUCGGGGGUCCAACAACUGCACUUUUCUUUUCUCUGGCCACCGGGCGCCGGGCCCCGGGGACCCCAGGUGUAACCCUGCACCCCCGUUGAUCCACCCGCGCCCCAGCAGGGACAGCAAGCGCACAUUCCUCUUUUCCCACCCUGGCGUCGCCAACGGGGGCUCGGGCGCGGCAGAGCAGCGCUAUGCACCUCCUCCUACGGCCAGGAAGCCCAGGAACAGUGACCACUCCCUGUACUCAUGAGGGCGGACCACGCCGGCCUUCGGGCUGCUGCCCUGUUACUGUCCCAGCGUCGCUCGUGCAGGAUGGAGUAAAGUAAGACCUGGGUUUCCAGGUUCAGCCGGACAACUCCCAACCCUGAAGCAAGACCCAGACUCACCAAAGCACAAACCCCUGCAUCUGUACAGCACAUACCUGCGCUUCUGUGCAAGAGGGGUACCUACAGCAAUAAGACUCAGUGGCACUUAUUUAUCGGUUGUUCCCUGCCUGCGCUGUAUCCGAGUGCAGCUCCUGCAGUCCUUCUCGAGGGGCUGGUAUAAAUCAGUUGAAUUGCCGUACCAGUGUGUGGCCCGAACUGUGACAUUUCUUACCUUCUGUACAAAAGCAAUAAUAUGAACUGAAAGGGCUUGAGAUCUUUCCAGUCGCUCUGAGUCCUGUUCAUGUACCAUUAGCGGUGUGUGUGAGAAACAUAGACUCUGCGUUUCUGGGCAGUGAUAAAGACAUUGCGAGGUACGUUUUCAUUUGUGCUUGGCUCGUUUCAGAAACGUAUUUGUGGCUAAACUGGGCUCAGCUUCAUAGUCAGGAAGUAGAAGAAACGAAAAUAAAAGGUGGAUUCAGGCUACAUGUUUGCUGGAGUUACAGACAUUUGGUUGAUCAGGGGGAGCUGUAUUCAUUAACGCAGUGGCUUAUAGCUUCGCCGAUGAUCACCCAUGGAUUGACAGAAUGGCAGUGCAAUGUGUAAGCCAUCAUACCGCAGUCUUCCCUAGGUUAGGUGAGGCUGAGACUGCUCUGUACGGUGGGAUUGUAUUAUGGUGUGUUGGUGAAGCUGUAUGUGAGUCCUGCAUAUGAACAAAGGACUGUAAUAAAGACAGUAUCAGACAUUAUUAUACACUCACCAAAUAAAAUGUUAGUAACUCCUGAUCAAAUGGGUGUGGUCUACGUGUAGCAAGAUGUCUUUUAUGACUUAAGGCUUACUUCAGAAUCAGAAAAGACCCUCAGAUCAGUUUUUUUUCAUGGUCGGUUUACAUGAUGUUUACAGUUCCCCCUUGUGUUUCUGUGACACAAGUUUGGAAAAUAGACAAAGCAUUCGUGUAAGUAAACUUUCCUUCUUCAGGUGAAGCAAGUCUUCUCUUGCAGAAAUACUGUCAAUGACUGGAAUCCAAGAAGAACAUGGAUUUUGAUUGCCUCUUCGCAUUUCAAGUAAGAGUUGUUUGCCGAGAAUUACCAUUAAAACCGUACAGUACGUGUUAGAAUCAGCAGUUUAGGCUCAGUGUUAAGACAUUCGUACCAGCACAAGAGUAUGGAAGCCAACGUAUGUGCUACCUCUGACCUACACACUGUUAGUCUACUCCACAUCAGCAGCAGAGCUAACACACUGAGAGCAGGGAUCUCACUGGCACCUGAUGUGGCUUUUACUGAUCAGAUAACAGCUGGCAAGCCACUGGGGUCACUGCAAUGUGGCGGAUUGAGGAAUGGUUGUACAGUUGUACAGGAACUGUAACUACUGGUACUUGCAGGUUUUCCCCCAAAGGCAAACUGUAUUCUCCACCGAGGGGCUUCUGUUAAGUACAUCUUUUUAAGCAAAUCCAUAAAUCUAGAUCUGAAGCACCAGUUAACAAAAGAAUAGUAUAUACACUAUAUUUGUUUAGAUACUUGCUUGAGAGGAUCCUGGAGAUGUUCAGUGUUUCAAGGAUUUACCUUUUAAGGUCAAAGUUCUGUCUCUGAGAACAUCUGUCAAACAGUCAUUUUUCUGCCAGCGUUCUUUGAGGGAGGUGUUGGUUUUAUUUUUCACCAGUUUUAACGUUAUGGAAAAUGUCCAGAUAUUUAUUGUAUGGCUUCUGUGCAGUAUUUGUAAGGAACUCCGGCUGCCAGAUUUGUUCAUAUGUCACUUUAAGCAGUAGUUUCAUUUGAUUAUGAAUUAAACUAAGCAUAUGUACAUAUAAGAUAAGUUUGCUAACUGUAAUAAUUACUACGUACACAUGGUGAACAAUACUCCCCUAUUGCACCCCAAUACACUUAAGAAGUGCUAAUUCUGAAGUUUGUGCUUACUGCUUCAUCUUGGAAGAGAACUCCAUUUCUUAAAGAGGCCAAGACUUUCAGUAAGCCGUACAGAGGUAAUUGGACCAAGAUUUUGUUCAUAUUAAAUACAGUGUUUUAAAGUCUUUCUGUAAGCACAUGAUUUAGUUCACAAGUUCUCUCUAACUGUAAUUUAAUUGAAAAGAUCUGUUUCUGAUGAUGCUAACUCUCAGUAAUGAAUAUUAAUGUUAUUUUUUGUUCGUAUAGAUGCAUCUGUGUUUUAGAUGGUACAGAAUCUAAAUGUAGCCUUUUCUGAUAAUUGUUUGCUUCUCCGAUAAUAAAUUUCUUCCACAUGGUCAUCUGG